AUGUCGUCGUGGAGGGAGUCUGAUGUGUUGGAGUCGAUCCGUCAGCAUCUUCUGAAAGAAAACUUAAACAAGAGUGGAGAUGGCCGGGAUGGGAUUUUUAGUAUUAUUCAGGAUCAUCAUUAUAAAGCGGCGGCGGUGGAGAAAUUCAAGGGAGUGAGGCGGAGGCCAUGGGGGAAAUAUGCGGCGGAGAUAAGAGAUCCAAAGAGAAACGGAGCGAGAACGUGGCUGGGGACCUUUGAAACGGCCCAAGAAGCAGCUUUGGCCUACGAUCGAGCGGCUUUCAAAAUCCGAGGAGCUAAGGCAAAACUCAAAUUUCCACACCUCAUUGAUUCUGCUUCUACAUAUUCUACUUCUGCUUCUACUUCGUCUACUAAGCGUCCUCCAAGUCCUACCCACGCCGACCAUUAA